AUGUCGAACCUGGAGACUCCUCUGUUCACCAAGGAACCCCCUAGGACACCUGUCUUGGGAGGCAACCUGAAUGUGGUGGAGAAGGUGCAGAACAUGUCAGCCCAUGACUGCUUCCAAUCUAGGAGCACUGUCCUCCAGGGGCAGCCCUUUGGGGGUAUCCCCACUGUGCUGUUGCUUAACGUCAUCUUGUGGAUGGUCAUCAUUUUGCUUUACUCCUUCCUCCGGAAAGCUGCGUGGGACUACGGGCGCCUGGCUCUGCUGAUGCACAAUGACAGCCUGACUUCACUGAUCUACGGGGAGCAGAGCGAGAAGACAUCUCCCUCAGAGAUUUCUCUGGAGAUGGAACGCAAGGACAAGGGUUUUUGUUCCUGGUUCUUCAAUAGCAUAACCAUGAAGAAUGAGGAGCUGAUUAACAAGUGUGGGGACGAUGCCCGCAUCUACAUCAUGUUCCAGUACCACCUCAUCGUCUUCGUGCUUAUCCUCUGCAUCCCCUCCUUGGGGGUCAUUUUGCCCAUCAACUAUGCUGGAACUGUUCUGGAGUGGAAUAGUCACUUUGGUCGGACCACCAUUGUCAAUAUCUCCACAGAGAGCAAGCUCCUGUGGCUGCACAGCCUCCUCUCCUUCAUCUACUUCAUCACCAACCUCCUCUUCAUGGCUCGCCACUGCUUGGGGUUCGUGCCCAAGAAGAACCAAAAGGUCACAAGGACACUAAUGAUCACCUACGUCCCCACGGAUAUCCAAGAUCCCGAACUCAUCAUCAGACAUUUCCAUGAGGCCUAUCCAGGAUGCGUAGUGACCAGAGUCCACUUCUGCUAUGACGUCAGGGACCUGAUUGACUUGGACGACCAGAGGCGCCAUGCCAUGCGUGGCCGACUCUACUACACGGCCAAGGCCAAGAAGAGCGGGAAGGUGAUGAUCAAGAUUCACCCCUGCUCCCGCCUGUGCUUCUGCAAGUGCUGGACCUGCUUUGAGGAGGUAGACGCAGAGCAGUAUUAUAGUGAGCUGGAGGAGCAGCUGACUGAUGAGUUCAACGCCGAGCUCAACCGCGUUCGGCUGAAGCGUCUGGACCUGAUCUUUGUCACCUUCCAGGACGCCAGGAUGACAAAACACAUUUUGGAGGAUUACAAGUAUGUCCAGUGUGGCGUGCGCCCUCACCAGUCCUCAGUGACCACCAUCGUCAAGUCCUAUCACUGGAGGGUCACCCUUGCCCCACACCCCAAAGACAUUAUUUGGAAACAUCUGUCCGUCCGGCGCUUCUUUUGGUGGGCCCGCUUUAUUGCAAUCAACACCUUCCUCUUCUUCCUCUUCUUCUUCCUCACCACACCUGCUAUCAUCAUCAACACCAUCGACAUGUACAAUGUCACCCGCCCCAUCGAGAACCUGAAGAGCCCGAUAGUGACCCAGUUCUUCCCCUCCCUGUUGUUGUGGAGCUUCACAGUGAUAAUGCCUCUGAUGGUCUACUUCUCUGCCUUCCUUGAGGCACACUGGACCAGAUCGAGUCAGAAUCUGAUCAUAGUGUACAAGUGUUAUAUCUUUCUGGUGUUCAUGGUGGUCAUUCUGCCCUCUAUGGGACUGACCAGCUUGGAUGUAUUUUUCCACUGGCUCUUUGACAUCUAUUACCUGGACCAGGCAUCUAUCCGGUUCCAGUGUGUGUUCUUGCCAGACAAUGGUGCCUUCUUUGUCAACUACGUAAUCACGGCAGCUUUGAUUGGCACAGGCAUGGAGCUUUUGCGCCUGGGUUCACUCUUCCUGUACAGCACCCGCCUCUUCUUCUCCAGGUCGGAGCCAGAGAGAGUCCACAUCAGGAAGAACCAGGCCUUAGACUUCCAGUUUGGGCGAGAGUACGCAUGGAUGUUGAACGUCUUCAGUGUGGUGAUGGCAUACAGUAUCACCUGCCCUAUCAUUGUCCCUUUUGGGCUGCUCUACCUGUGCAUGAAGCACUUAACAGACCGCUACAACAUGUACUACUCCUACGCACCCACCAAGCUCAACGAGCAGAUCCACAUGGCUGCUGUCUACCAGGCCAUCUUUGCACCACUCUUGGGUCUAUUCUGGAUGCUUUUCUUCUCCAUUCUACGACUAGGUUCAUUGCACAGCAUCACCUUCUUCUCCCUCUCGACCCUUAUCCUUUCCAUGAUCAUUGCCUUCCUUGGCACUCUUCUGGGGAGGCUUCGGAGGGUAUCUGACAGUGAGCCUGAGGAAGAGAUUGAGACCGUGUUUGACAUGGAGCCAAGCAGCACCUCCUCUACACCCACCUCCCUUAUGUAUGUGGCCACUGUGCUACAAGAGCCAGAGAUGAAUCUGACUCCAGCCACCUCUCCAGCCCGGCAUACCUACGGCACCAUGAACAGCCAGCCAGAGGGAGAAGAGGAGAGUGGUCUGAGGGGUUUUGCAAGGGAGCUGGACUCGGCUCAGUUCCAGGAUGGGCUGGAACUGGAGGGCCAGAGCCAGUACCACUGACCAGGACCCGAGGCUUCCACCUGGCAACUCCAAGAGGGAGUGGCGGCCAGGGGAGGGCCUGGCAGGGGGAGGCAAGAGGGCGGCCUGGAUCCCCCCACUACCUCCUGCAGACUUUGGGAAGCCCUCAGUGGAGAUGUCUACCAUCCUGGCCGUGGGCCCCAUGAUGUGGAGGCCCUGAACUGCUGACCUGCUAUAACGGGAGGACCUGGGCAGUGCAGAUAGACCCUGGGGUGGGAUGUAGGACACUGGCAACCACCAUGUCCUGGGAGAGGCAGCUGAAGCUUUGGACACAGAGACUGAAUGUUGGGGUUCCCUGCCCCAGGGGUAGGGUCAAGAUGGAGAAAGUGUGUGUAAGGGAGGAGCCAGAAAAAAGUCUGCCGAAGGUUCUCCGAGGUCUUCGUCACCCCUCUACCAGCUGCCCUUCCAAGGAGCUUCUGCUGCUGCUCCUCUGUGCCCCCUCCCCCGGCCCCCUCCUUCUUCUGCAGUCUGUGGAGGCCAAGGUAUGUGCACUGGCCUCAUCUUCAGAGAGUCACAAGACCUUAGAUCACCACCUUGGGACAGGCUUCCCUGCAUGGGGAUCUGUAAGGGAAGGCCCACACCACCGGUACAAGGGGCAGCUGAGACCGUAGACCUGAGCCCCUUCCUAUUCCUCUGCCCCUUGUCAAUUUCUCCAGGAGGAGGAAGAGCUUUCUCCUUUCCAUUCUUGUAAGAGUAGCCGGGGCAUGGUCGCCCAGGGGCUUGCUAACGAGUCUGGUGUGCUUUUGAAUGAAGGAAACCUUUGCCAGCUCUGCCUGGUUAAUACCUGAUGGGGAGGGGCAGAGGCAAAAUUCACAGACUGGGGUGGUCUCCUCCCAAAGCUCUGGGUGGUGGGAAACUACAUAUACCUCCACUAGGCCCCAGGGCUUAAUAAGAGGA